AUGCACAUGACCGUCCAGUAUCCUCUCAUAACGCGGUCAGGCGGCGAUUCACUGCAGGAGGGCACAGGAUGCCUUCCUUUUUACCUCUUCCCUCCUCGACGGGAUCUCACACCACGUCCUCCUCUACCACUCUCACGAACUUGCCGCCCGAUGAUACGACGGAUGCAGAUGCGAAAUCCACCCCAGAUACAGUUGGAUGCUCUCAAUGAGCAGCUUGUCGUGCAGAAUCGAAUCAAGGAAGGGGCGCAAAAUCUCCUGAAUAUGCCCACUAUCACGGAUGCACUCCGUGACCAGGUCGUUUCUGAGCUUGAGAUGGCACAGGGUAAAAUCGAGUCUAUUCAGAAGCGCAUCGAACAACAUCACAAGACUAAACCGUCUGCUGUAUCGGGCUCCACGCGAAGAAGGUUUCUGGCAGCGCAGAAUCGAAGUGCCAAGGAGUCAGAGGAUAAGAGCGGGGAAGACUUCCGCACAGCGCUGAACAACGCUUCCAGUUACAUCAAGUCUUUGGCAGCGUUGAGCCGGACCAAUGCGACGUCAUCAACCAUCGGAGCGCCCGCGAGCUCCGCGCCCGGUUUAGCCCCCUCAGCUCUCGACACUGACCGACAGCGCAUCGAAUUAUUGACGAAACUGGUUACUAUCCUCCAACGCAAUCUGCGAGUCCGCUAUGAAUUAAACCUUUCGGAGGUCAUGUCGGCUGUUCUGCCGGGAUUAGCGGACAGAACGAGUCCGAAGUGCCGAGCUGCGACAUAUCGGGUGAUACGGCAUGUUCUUGUUGACGCGGACUCGAUGAAACGUUUGGGCGAGCAGGCACUGGACUGGUACAUUAUCAAAUCCCUGACGAGGGACAACAAGCAUGCUAUCGAGAAGGAGCAGGUGAUCAAGCUUGUUCGCACCAUCAUCGAAGUGGGCACUGUGCGGGACGACUCUCGAGGCGCGGGGAAAUGCGGGAACGUCCCACUGUCUGCCGCAGUCAUGCGCGCAAUCGUUGCAGUUGCCGAGCACCCCGAGGAUCCCUUUCGACUUAUCUGCAUCCAGACUCUGGCGGAGAUCUUGGUGAUCGAUGUCAACCUGGUCGCCCGAACAGGCGGAUUGCGAUUUUUACUGCAUGCACUAGGCGAGGGCCCUCUCGAGAUGGCUCCGAUAUUAGCGUCGGCUUUCCUUUAUGUCAUUGACUCACCACGAACAAGAAGUUAUCUUCAAGUCGGGACUGACCUCGAGAUGGCUUUCUCUGCUGUGACUGAUGCUUAUGGGAAAGGGCCUGAUCACGCUGAUCGAAUGAGAGGAUGUGUCAAAGUCAUCCAGUUGAUGCUGAGGUCUUGGAGUGGAUUGAUGUACUUCUGCCUGGAUAAUAUGCGAGCUAUCCGUUCAUUGAUCGACACAAUCCGAAUCCCUUCCUUGGAAACUCGAGAAAUUGUCAUCGACAUGUUUUUCGAUCUGUUGAAUAUCAAGACUCCAGAGUGGUACCAGACUUUCAUCGACGGGCGGCGUCUUACCAUGUAUGGCAAGACACGCGACACGCGCGAACGCAUCGUCGAGCCGGAUCGUACACCCCAGGCAUUCAAGUUGACUGAUCAAUACCUCGCUCUCCUGGUUCUCUUAUUCACCAAUGCUGGUCUGCUAGAUGCACUCACCGGGAUGAUGGAGGAGUCGGCCUCUGGCUCCAAUCUAUCUCGCAAGGCCACGUUGUUGAUGGCUGAGAUAUUGCAAAUGGCUAAUAGAGUGUUGCCACUGUCGAUCGCAGCGCGGAUACAGGUCAUCUAUCUGUUCAGCAUCCCGCGAAUAUUUUCGAUGGCCGCAGAUUAUCGUCAGGGCCAGAAUAGAAUUGUUGGGACCUCGGCCCUGUCGGCCAUUGACAGUUUCAACCGAAACCGAACUCGCCUAGAACCGAACGCGGUCAAGGGGACUCGACCAAGAGCCAAUUCCGCUGAGGAUGCCAUCCGUCGUGGGCAGCGCCAGAUAGAACAGGUCAAACUGAAGAUGAGCAUGCAAAUGGAUGACAAGACGUUCCAAUCAUCCUUGCUCGAGACCCAAGUGAUGUUGACCAAGGACCACACAGUUUGGAAACUGGAUCUUCUGCAAGAACUUGUAGAUGGGCCGCUUCUUAACGCGAAACGCUUGGAGGAAGCGAUUCGUGUAUCACGAUUCAUCCGACGGUUGCUUUCCUUCUUCCAUCCUUUUGGCAGUGGGACCAAAUUUUGUGAUCUGCCCCGAAAUAAGUUGAAUCAGCGGUGGAUCAAAUUGGGUUGCUCCUUGAUGACGACUCUCACCUCCAGCAACGAUGGUGUUCGCUACCUAUCGACGGAAGAUCUGUUCUUGCCUCAAGUAGUCAAGAGCUUUGCUCAGCUCGAUCCGUCCAAUGCUGCUCCCGACUCUGAUCCUAUCUUUUCGAAGAGACGUGUCGCAAAUCAGCUCACGUAUGGAUAUCUGGUCAUGCUGGGUACCUUGAGCAAGAAUAAGGAUGGCAUUGAGCUUCUACAGAAGUUUAAGAUCUUUACCGCAUUCUAUCACUUCAGCGAGCUGAAGGACCGCGAGGACCUCGUGAAGGGAAUCAUCGAGAAUCUUGACUAUACUCUUGACGGGCAUUCUCGGAUUGUGCUUUCCAAGACAUUGACAUCGAAGUAUCCGCACAUCCGGCGAGACGCAACACGGCAUCUGGGUGAUCUCAUCAAGACUUCCACCACGGCGAAUGGAUGGAUGUUGCGUCUCCUGUUGACGCAGCUGUAUGAUCCCGAGCCCGAGAUCUGUGAGCUCGCGGUGAUGUAUCUUCGGGAUGCCUGCGAGUCCAAGGACGUUUUGAAACUUGUCGUCGAGAUGCAGCCGACUCUGGACCAUCUUGGCGAGAUUGGACAUCCGCUUCUGCUCAAGUUUGUCUCGACACCAGUGGGCUUCCGCUAUCUCUAUGACACAGGCUAUAUCAUACAAGAGAUGGACACGUGGUUUCACGAAAGAAAUAUAUUCUACGUGGUCCAAAUCGAAGUUUUGUUAUCCAAGGUGUUCACAGGCUCUGCCGAGGAGGGCGCAUUAGCCUUCGAGGGCACCGUGUUGCCUCACUUCUAUGGUGAGAUGGCCAAGACUGAUCUUGGAUGCCAAAUUCUGCACGAGAAAGGACAUUUUGCGGAAUUCUCCGAAUUCAUUCGCCUCCAUAGUAGUGAAAGUGACGAUAGCGAAGUCAUUCUGAAGCUGAAGAGUAUCCUUUGGGCCGUCGGCAACAUCGGUGCUACUGAGGGCGGCCUUCAUUUCUUGGAGGAGGAAGAGAUCAUACCCACUGUCUUGGAUAUUGCACAGAACUCGCUGAUUCCUUCAGUGCGGGGGACCUGCUUCUUCGUUCUGGGUCUCAUAUCAUCUACAUCACAAGGAGCAGAGAUCCUGGACGACUACCGAUGGGAAGCGACACUAUCUCCGUUGGGACUCCCUACUGGAUUGUGCAUCCCAGUCGAUCUGGAUGUGUUUGUCUCUAUACCGCCCUGGCCUCGAGGAGAAGAUCUGGAUCAGGACGAAACUCGGCUGAUGCCCCCGACAUCCCAGACCGAAUUGGAUGUCAUAACUGCCAUCCAUAACCUUGCAAACUCAGUUAUCGCUAAUGCGGCUUCCCGGUCACUGGCUCGGAUGAAGUCACGGCCUGAAUUCAAGGCGGUGUUUGCUUCGCCGACCAUGUUUUUCCGGGCCCUGCAUACGAUUUCCACUCAGCGCUAUCGAUUGCCUGUCCGCAGAUACAUUUUGGAUCUCUUCACCAUCGAGCUUGACUCCGACGUGGUCUCGGCUCUUUCCGAAGCGGCCAAAUCCCUCAAAGCUCAUCCCUCAUUCAAACCCUCCAAGGAAACCAAUCGGGUUAGCAUGUUUGGGCCUCUCGGACGACCAAGGAGAUCCUCCGAGAGCGAUGAUGAUGUAGGCGAAUUGGAAGUCGACGAAGCACCUCCUAAACCACUGGGAGUGCAAAAGCCUGUGCUCAACCUUCGCCCUGUUUCCCGCAUAGUUGGAUUUGAUGUUUGACCUCGCUUUGGAUGCUAUGCUCUAUAUAUACUUGGACAGCGCUUGCUAUCUAACUGCAUACUUGUAUACUACCAUCAUCCAUGUACUUGUCCAUACUUGACACCAAGUCUGCAUCUACUGUUUACCUCCGCUUGGUGAAGUUACGUAAUCAUCGCUCUCCUUCUACCAUAUCACUAGGAUGUUCCGCAUCCCGACGCGAGCCGUCGCUUUACCCGGUCGCACCGUCACCAGCUCGGUCCUGCGCCGUGGCGUAGCCUCCGAAGCUGUCACCACUCCUAUUGAUUCCACCGCAUCCGACGUGGUGCCAGUUGAAACUUCCGACAUCGUUGCAGCUGACGUUACCAGCGGAGCACCUUCGGAACUGCAUCACCGCGCUGUUCGAAUCUUCAAGCCGACACGCAACACUAUGCAAAGCGGAGGAGCGAAGGGCGAGCGAUGGAGGAUCGACUGGGAUAUCCUGCAGGGCGCAGGUCGUUGGGAGAACCCUCUCAUGGGUUACGCUAGCUCCGCCGAUUACAUGCAGGGAACGCGCCUGACAUUCAGGUCCCAGGAAGAUGCUAUCCACUUCGCCAAGAAGCAGGGCUGGGACUACUAUGUGCAACCUCCGAACGUGAAGAAGAUUCCACCGAAGAACUACGCGGAGAAUUAUCUGUACAGGUCGAGCCAGCUCAGGAUCAUGAAGACCAAGUAGACGCGUCCUUAGCCCAUUCCAAGAGACUAGAUAGCCUUCUGCUUCCGCAAUCAUGUCUCUUUCUGCUCAU